AUGCUCAAGAUUUUCCUUCUUCUAAUAGCCACCACAACUUUGGUCACAACAUUUCACCAGUAUCGGGAUGUCAUUUGUAAAACGAAAGACGGUAGAAAUCGGGGUGGAGCAGAGAAAGCAAAAUGUUCGAUAAGUUUGAAGAGUGAGGAGUUCGAUCGAGGGAGAAGUGCUAGAGUAGGCGAUGGAUGUUAUGUGGAACGACUCGGUCGUGGUAAAGAAACGCGAGAGAUUUGCGAUUUGGUUUGCCCGAAAGCGCACACCGUUUUUGUUGCACAUAUCGACAUCGGACAUCGAGCUUGCUUCAACUACUACAAUUAUGAAUUAAUUCAGCAAAAAGACGAAUGGUUUUUGAUGCGGAGUGGAGAGUGCGCGAAUUCGACGAUCACUUUCAGAAUCGGUUGCAAGUUCGACUCACCAUUCAACGAAACCUACGCGAAUGACGAGGCGGUUUUCGCACAUUUGCGCGCUCGUCGCUCCAGAGGAUUAAGACUUUUU